GCAGGCAAGCAAGCGCCACCACAACACUUGUGAAAGUGUCACAAAAGCCUUGUGUACGCUUGCAAGUCACUUUGUAUUAUUUAAAAGCUCGCAACCACUGCCUUGUGGUUCUACGGUGUAUAUUUGAAAGCAUCCUCAGGAAGUAUCGCGACAAGAAAAUAUAGCUUGCACAUUUCUCAAGAACAAUAGAACAGCUGGCAAUCGUCGCUAAUUGCUGUUUGAAAGUGACUAUUGAUUGACCGAUGUGAGCAAUCCAGGAUUAUCUCCAACAUCACAUCGUAAAAUCACGAGAAGGCAACCACGAUGGACAAAAGUUUCUCUUCUUCGGUUCCGAGUGACUUGAGAGAAAACCGAUUCACAGUGGAAUUAACAAGGCCGACUUCAACAGCCUUUUCCGAAAACACGACACUGGACUACCUGGACCUUUUUCCCGAGUGGGGCGACUUCGGGUUGUGCGUUUACGAGCGACACGGAGCUUCUUUCCUUCCGGCCAUCUACGCCGCGUUGUUCCUGGUGGGCCUCGCGGGCAACUCUCUGGUCGUGUGGGUCCUGGUCCGCGGGGUGCGACUUCGCAACAUGACGGACGUGUGCCUCCUGAACUUGGCCGUGGCCGACCUCCUGUUGGUGGGCUCCCUUCCCUUCCUGGCCUACCAAGCCUCGGACCAGUGGAUAUUUGGGGACACGAUGUGCAGAGCGUUGCUGGGUAUCCACAACAUCGUUUUUUAUUCUGGCAUUUUUUUCGUCACGGUGAUGAGCAUCGACAGGUACUUAGCGAUAGUGCACGCCGUUUACACGCUGAGGGCACGCACACGCUCCUCUGGUGUAAUUGUAGCGGCUGUCACUUGGGUCGCUGGGUUUUUGACCACAUUUCCCGAAAUCAUCUACCUGAAAAAGCAGCCCGAUCGCACGAACGCCACCUUCUGCUUCCCCGUGUAUCCCACGCCCACUUCGGACACUCACUUCUGGCGGGUUUUCCGCCUUUUGAAAAUUAACUUCAUAGGCUUGUUCGUUCCCAUGGUCGUCAUGACUUUCUGCUACUCGCAAAUCAUCAGGCGGCUGCGUUCCAGCCAGUCGUCCAGACGACAGACCAUCCGUUUGGUCGUCACGGUGGUGGCUGUCUUCUUCUUAUGCUGGGUGCCUUACAACGUGGCGUCCUUGUUCAAAGCGCUGGAGCUGCUGCAUGUCUACACAGAGUGCGGCAGCAGCAAAGCCAUUAUGCUGGCUUUGCAAAUCACAGAGGUCGUCGCCUACCUGCACAGCUGCCUCAACCCUGUGCUGUACGUGUUCGUGGGCCGGAAGUUCCGGAGCAACCUGCUCAGGUUGAUCCGCGGGACGCCGUGCGGUCUGUUCCGGCUCGUCAAGGUCCUCGUACCACAGCGGCGGAUAAGCAGGUCCAACGUCUCCCAAACCACCAGCGUGGACGAGAGGAGCACGGCCGUGUGAAGUGGCCGCAUCGUUCGGUUUGCGCUGUUGUCCGGGGACAUUUCUCUUCUUUUACCGUAAUGAUUCCAUUAAACGUCACAAGCGUGCAAACCAACAGAUAGUAUUUGACACAGAGGUACUGUACAUUAUUCACGGGCCUGGAGCGUCCAGAUGGCCUAUUUUUCACGAACAACUUCUCCAUGUGUUGUUCUUAUUAUUCCUUUUUUUUUUUUUUUUUUUUUUUUUGCUCGAGAAAAUGAAACUGGCAGUCAUAACAAUUGCUGUUUUCAUUGUCAAAAUCAAUAUUCUAAAGUGGCGGUAUUUACUCCUAUGUUAUCUUUCGUCACUGUUGGGCGGAAUCCCUCCACCUCCAAAAUGACAACCUUUCAGGAAAAAAAAAUGAAGAACUCCGCCAUCUUGCGUGUGGAGUUAAACUUUAUAUGGCACACUCACAUCAACACAACGGCAGCAAACAUUGUUCAAUUGCUAAUUUCAUAUGCUAAAGAAAUGACUAAUUUAUUACGGUGUCGAUGAUUAAAAUGGUACGAACAAGGCGCCAGGGUAGCUAGUUUUCGCCGUGUUGACAACAUGGCGCCUUUGACAAAAGCAAAUGUCUGCAUUAUCUCAUGAGCGUUGCAAUCAAAACAGUCAGCUGACUAAACCCGUGUAUAAAGGUAGAAAUGAAUCUGCACGCAUUUCCCUUAGGUCUCAUGCGACUUCCUUCCUUCUGCAACGAAGCAUGACAGAGAUCGUAAAGACACGACGGAGAGUCAAAUGCUAGAGGCUAAUGGACUCCCCGUAGUGCGUUUAGAUGUCUCAAAAGUAUUGUUUUUGUCAAAACGGCUGUCUAUUGUCCUACAAGCGCAGCUCCAACUACCGGAGACAAAUUCCUUGUGCGUUUUGACAUACUUGGCAAAUAAAGAGGAUUCUGAUUCUCAUGAGUGGAUUUUAUGAGAUUAUGUUAGCGUACCAAAUGUCAGCCAGCCGGCAUACGAUUGCAUCUUGCAAAAGGCAACUUUCGAAUGUAACAUGUUUCUUUCUAAAAUUGCUUGAUGUAGCUGAAUAUGACAUUUGUGGCUUCAUGCACUGUUCCGCCGCUAUGGUAAGUUGAUGCAGUGCAACACUUAACGCAUACUGACCUAACGUCAACGUGCAAGUCACGCCAAAACUCACCACUGCAGUCAGCUGCUCGACUUGUGCAAGAGGUGUGUCACCACACCUUCAGCUACAGCGUUCCGCAAAGAAAACCACAAGGUUACGGGUAAAAAGAACAACAACGUUUGCAUCAUUUUGUCUAGCAUUUUGCAAGAUGCGACUUUUCAAAACUAAGACAUACAUUUUCAAUAUGAUUUCACGGUCAAAUGUUCAUGAAAAAAAAAAGAUGCAUUUGUGUGUGAACUACUACGCAUUCCUUGUUUAUGCAGCAGAUGAUUUUCCCGCGUGUGCAUUGUGUCUUGACACAAAGAUGUUUUCGCACAGGAGGCACCGGUUGCUCUUUGAACGUUUAAUGGCAAAAUAACACCACAAACUAAAAUAUUUACACUUACAUGAAACAUGUAAACACAGUCUUCUGUACAGAGGAAUAUACAUGCAAAAGUAAAAAUGAAGUCAUCAUACAACAUUCAAAUUGACAUUGCCGCAGUCAGUGUUUUCAUCUUUCAAAUAUGAAGCAACAGUCGCACUCUUUGAGGUUUACGUCCUGGCUGGAGGCAAAAUGCCCUCCGCCUCGCUCUGUACAUCUUUACAUGGACAAGCAAGAGGGGCAUGAGCGCGUCACAAAGGCGGUUCAAUACUUACAACAUAUUUUGCUCGAUAGAAGCUUUUACAGAACUAGAUGAAGAUUUCUUUUAGAGACGCACCAGAGACGAAUAGAAAUGACACCAAAACCUUUGCACAACUCAACAUGUUUGAUCAGACACAAUGCUUCCAAUGAAAUUAGAAAGUGGUUUUUUUUGUUUUUGUUUUGCUUCUGCUUUUGUUUCCGUUUGAUCCACCAAAGUUUAGCGAGCAUUCUCGACUGCUAAUAUGAAACAAAAGGAAAUGUCGUCUCCUCAAUGGAUGAGGCACCCCAUGCUAAGCCAAUGCUCUUAUGCUUAAGGAUGCAAACACAAAGCAAGCAAAGUGAAGUCCAGCCGUAAGUAAGCCAUUAAAUCACCAAACAUUCUCACGAAACAAUAAAUAAAAUGUCAUUCAUGUAAACUCUUAAAUAUCUGGGUUCACUGUGCUCUCUAUAAGUUAACACGAAAAAUCAUCAUACAGGAAAACGAAUAGAAAACUUUGGUAUUAUUAUGGAAAGAAACAAUAACAAAAC